GCUGGGUGAGCCGGAAAGCAGCGGUUGCUAAGCGAGUGGGGUAUGCCAAAUUGCGGUUCGAUCUAAAGCGAAGAGAUGAAGAGGUGGAGAAAGCUUUCCGAGAACAGUUCCUCGCAGCUGGCUGGAGACGUAUGCAGAUCAGGUUGGUAUGAAUGCCAGAUGCGGGAUGUAAUCCAACGCUAUCCUUUCCUAUGCUCUGGUCUUUUGUUUUAUUGGGACUAGCUGUUGCGGAUUUGAUCUUGAGCGGUCUACCUGGGGCGGGCCGACCCAUCCCCUGUGUACAGACGUUCGUUCUGUCUGCUGUCGAACACUGCUCAGGAAACGCCUUAUUUGUUCGUUUGAGAACGUCUCUCAAGGUUCUACACUCGCUCAGUACCUUUUCUCUGUCAUGUGACACCUGUUCUUGUACGAUCUUGGAGCACAUACCAUCGAGCUCUUCUUGUGGCUCCUCGAGCCUUCGGUCCCGCACAUUGGCCCCAGAGAGUAGAGAAUCGAGAUGGAUAGUUUGCUCUACUUAUUGUGUUGUAUCGGGGUGCCCCUUCCAGUGGCUGUCGCUUCACCCACUCUAUUGCGCAUCCUGGGGUGACUUAGUGAUAUUAAGUUUCCAUGAAUAUAACCUGACACUCAAUCGACCGUGUGUAUGAUUGACCGAGAGCCCAACGCUCUCACCUCAUCAGGCUGCCUGUCCACCAGAUUGAAGGGCCUUCUGUCCCCGAUAAUCUCAUAUCCCCGUAUUAUAAUCCUCCAAGCUUCUAACCCUCUUCUUCUUCUUUCGAUCUCAUCGCCCAAG